UGUUUAUUGUUUAUGUUGCAAUCACAUAACAUAGUUUGCUCAGAUUGCUGUUCUCGUUUAUUUUGUUACGCAUUUUGAGAGAAGAUGCAGAAAAUGCUGGAGUUGGAAGUGCUGCCUGAAAAGUCAUUGGGAUGUCAAAGUUGGGAAUUUAUACUCGGAAUGCACUUCUCCCAAGCAGUGUCUGUGAUUCAGUCGCAGAUAGGCAUAAUCAAGGGAGUGCACGUCCUCUACAGUGAAUCGGAUCCACUUAACUUUGAUCUCAUCUUGGACCUCACACAUGAUGGCAUUCGCCUGUUGUUCCACCCUGUCAGUCAAAGAUUGAAGGUCAUUGAAGUGUACAACAUGAAACUGGUGAAACUUAAGUAUUGCAACAUUGUUUUCAACUCCCAAGAAGUUGUGCCCACUGUAGAGCAAAUUGAAAAUUCAUUCGGUGCCACUCACCCUGGGAUGUAUGACCGUGAAAAGCAAUUGUUUGUCCUGAAUUUCCGUGGCUUGACCUUCUAUUUCCCAGCGGAAUCAAAUUACCAACCAGAUUAUGCCCUGGGUCUAGGUUCCCUACAAUUUCCAAGUGGUUCUAGCCCAGUGCUUACCUGCAUGGCUAUUUACGAUGGCAAUAACCCCUCUGAAACAAUGCCUCCUGAUAUGCCAGUCUGUGUCUACAUGAACAACAUUUACCUGAAGAAGCUAGAAGUCAUCAGGGAGCCUUUGAAGACCACAGGAGUUCGCCUUCACCUCUACAGCGAAGGUCCGUCAAGAUACUUUGAGCUCAAAAGCAAGAGCAUGGUCAAAGAAGUAUACUUUGGAGACACUUGUCAGUCGGUCCUCAGCUCGCUUGGUACGCCCUCAAGGGUUUACUACAAGUCCGAGGACAAGAUGAAAAUUCACAGCCCCAACUCCAACAAGAAGCCGUCAGACACACACUCUGAUUACUUCUACAAUUAUUUCACGCUCGGACUUGACAUUCUGUUUGAUUCGAAAACGCAACUUGUCAAGAAGUUUGUGCUUCACACCAAUUAUCCUGGGCACUACAAUUUCAAUAUGUAUCACCGCUGUGAGUUUGAACUGGUCCUUCCGCAUGACAGCUGCGAUAACAGCAAAAAACUCAUCAACAUCCCCUGCCAGACGGUCACAAUUACGUCCCUGAGCCAGUGGGACGCAGUCGCUGAGCAAAUCAACCCGAGCGCUCGGCCCGUGGUGCUCAACCGUUCAUCCUCGACCAACACGACAAACCCCUUUGGCUCCACCUUCUGUUACGGCUACCAGGACAUUAUCUUUGAAGUGAUGCCAAACAGCCAUAUCGCCUCCGUCACCCUGCACAGCGAAGUUGAAUAACAGGAGCACAUGUCCGCACUCGCUCGUUGCUGGUUGUUGAUAAUGUGACACAUAUGGGCACUUAUUUGUCUUUAAAAGGAUCACACACAUAUACCACACAUGUUGUCUUCCCUUGGUGGAACGAACACUCAAUGAGUUGUUCAGAGGAGCAGCGGACAAAACACUGAUUUGAAGAUUAAAACAUUUAAGUGUGGUUUGAGUCUAUUUCACCUAUUUUGUAAGUUCAUUCCUCCCUGUCAGUGAGCAAUACGAUUUCGUCUUACUGAGCAAAGUGCAAAAGCAUCACAAUGACAAAUCAUCAAAAAUAUUUAUUAAUAUGAAAUAAUAAUAAUGCUACACGGAUUUGAUAGGUUGGGUGGCACUUGCAAGCGCUAUAUUUAGAAAAGAUAACUGUCAUUGAAUUGCUGCUGACAUUUUAAGUUGACAAACAGACAAAAUUCUGUUGUAGUCCGCUAAAUUAUUUAUUUUUAACUUGUAUUUUUAAUUAAUAAUAUCUGAAACAAAUCACGAUUUUUAGGUGUAAAUUUGUCUUUGAGGUUAGCCACUUUAAAAAGCAACGGUUAAUAAUUUUAUUAUGUCAGAAGCAAUAAUAGACCAAACCUAGCCUAUUUAUUUACUUGUCUUAAAAAGCAUUGUCAAAGUGCUUGAAGAUUUGCAAGGACAGAAUUCAAGCACAAUACCAUGGUCUCAUGAAAAUGAUCAUGCGUUAUUUAUAUUAGCUUUUUUUUAUGGAACGGUUUAUUAUUAAAAUUAUUCUUAAUGUGGCUUAUCUUGUCAGCGGCAAGCGUUAAUUGCACAAGUGUACUGUUUCCGCAUUCUUUAUAAUGCUAGAUUGUGAGCAGAAAUCUGCUUGGAAAGCCAGCAGAAACUUAACAGUAGCAAGCGAGUUUGGUGAGAAAAAUCUAAAGUUGAUUAUUUAAGAAAGUAAGACAAACUGACAUUAAAUUAAAGCCAGCGUUGCAACUAGAGUAUAUUUCUAGAGAUAAUAUGUCUAUAUGUGGUUGCCACUUGCAUAUUCGAUCAAAACUGGAGGUGUAAUUCUGGGAAGUGUUAGCUUUAAGACCUCUAAAACCGGAGAUCCUAUUAAAACGACGAAUUC